AUGGAAUUUUUACAUUCAAGGCUAUUUGCUGAUACUCUGCCAAUUUAUUGCCGUGGAUGUCCUCACUAUAAUACAAUUCACAAUGAUCCUAAUAUGGAAAAGUUGUUAGAUGAUGUCUAUUUUAAGCCAAAUGUGUCAAUAAACCUUUACUCACCAGGAAGAAAAGCUGCAGUUGAAAGAGCAAUAGAAUUUGGAUACAUAUAUGAAGAUGAGCCUUCUAUUUUGAGAUUUGCAUCACCUUUAUAUGAGAGAUCUUAUUUCCUUGCAAAAUAUGGGAAGCAACGACCUGAACUUUUUCAAUACAACAAAUUUGAAGAAUUUAUCAAAGAGGCAAUUCAAAGAUUAAAACCGUCACAACUUCAAAAUACAAUGAGUUAUGGUGUUAGGGAUAAAAUUUUAGAGCGUCAACUUCAAAUGGAGAUGUAUGUUACCAUACAAUCAUUACUGCCUGAAAGUUAUUUUAUAAGUCCUGAUGUUGGACCAAAACCGGGUUCUGAUGGGUUUGUAGAUUUUUUUAUAAAUGGGGAUUUAUCAUGGUUUAUAGAAAUACUUGUGGAGGGACAGGGCACCAAGGAACAUUUUAAGCAUUUUCAAAUAGGAGGGAAAUACCAUGUUAUGCUGAAACCAAAUUCAAAAUAUGCUCUAAUUGAUUUCAGGGAAUCAAUAAAUGAUACAAUAUGGUGA